GUUUGUCGAACUUUUGAAAAAGCUUCUAAAAAUAGCUACUUAUAUUUUGAGAUGCAACUUUUGAACUUUUUGUGCCAUUUGCUUAUCACCCGGUAGAGGAUACAGAUACAUAAAAUUGUUAACUUUAAGGAUCCCUGUGGUUUAUUCAGGAUUUAUUUGGGAAAAUAUAGUGCCACAACUUGCAGCACUAAUAUCCUCAUGAAGCAGCUAGCAGGACAGCCGACCAUUAAAAAAAACAGACCGAAAGGAGGAGGACCUUAUGCACUUGUUGCGUCAUUUAUUACUCUCAAGAACAGAUCCACUGGAGAAUCACUGCUGGGUUGGGUACAUUUGCGCGUGUGUGGUGCUGGACAUCUGACGGAGAGAAGACCAACUUCAAUUGCUCUAACAUGGCGAAACCAGGUCAAGAAGAACCUGAACGAAUGCAGCGUCCCGAGGUGAGAGAUGAGGACCUAACCGAAGCAAAAAGCCAGCUGGGUGCAAGUGGGCCAGCAAAGAGCAAGACUUAUGAAGUAAUGGAGGAGUGUGAGAAAAUGGGCAAAGCAGCACCCUCAGUAUUCAGCGGAGCGAGGUCCGGGACGGAGACGGUUUUGAACUCACGCUCGGCUCAGGCCAACAGGAAGUAGCGGUGGACUUUGUGCCCAUUAUCGUUUCAUCUUAUGGGUUUGGGAUCUGUUAUUUUUUUGCCCAGCUGUACAUCACUCCAUGAAUAUUUUGUUUUAAUAAGUGUUCCUUCUUAAACAGCAGAACCUCUGCACACUGGCAUGCCAGUUACAUUUUUAAAAGAAAUAUUCAGCCAUUCAUUGCUCCCUCUGUAAACAGCUGAAUGUAUCCACAGUUCCAGGAUAUGGGGUAAUUAUAAGGAUUUACCAAAACUGCAUUCAAAGAAAUUGUAUGACAGACUUGUAAGACUUGUAAAUUCAAAGU